ACAGAGAACUAAGAGAAGGGGAGAAGAGGGGAUAUUAGCAUGUGGGAAUUCUUCAGAUAAUUAUUAAUAAAUCCCAGACGAUCAUAAGGAUGAUUUUUGCUGCGGUCUAAUGUCGUUUUGGAUGGCGCGCCGGCGGGUGGAAUUCAGAACGACUUUUUCAUCUGUGUAGGCUACUGUAGUCUGGAUAUUUUAUACAGAUGUCAUACCGUUUGCGGUUUAUUUUUUUCCAUCGAAUGGAAUAUAUUUUCACUUCUGAAUGGAAAAUUCAUUAAGCUAUAGACUAGGUCUACUUAAUACUUAAUAAAGCAUUCAAAUGCGUCUCGUAAUUUUUCACUUUAGUUAUUGGCGUCGUUUUUGCCUAAAGGGAAAUUGAGUGCCACCUGAAUAAAAUCGUGGUUUUCAGUGCGACUUGUGUUUCAAGCGCUCAAUUGACAAUGAAACACCUCUCAAUCACUAAGGACUCCGAAGCUAGCUGAGUUUAUACUACCAGUUUCCAAGCACGGGGAACGAGGAUAGGCUGACUCAAAAAUAUCUGAAGAUAUGGAAUUGUCAUCAAUACGUUGACAUAUGCUUCAAUUGGAAACAAUUUGUGUGGUGCGUUCUCUUUAGCAUUUAAUGCGCCCAUAUCGGCUGGCCCCAGCCAUCAUCGUGCGCCUCCGCCGCGGACAUUUAUAUUGGAAGCAACAGGCUGAGCUCAUCCCACUGGUGAGAAAGUCGCCUUUCACCGAAGCAAUUCACUUCCUGUGUGUUUAUGCAAACCUUACGGGCCGAGUGCGUUCACCCGUUUCGUGCUGACUACAACUCCCCUUUAAACGACCUGGGAUAGUGGUGAACAGUUGUUGGAACAGGACCUCAAGACGCUCCCACUGAAGAAUUGCGGGCUUAGUGCAUUUCGUUUACGCGCAGGCGACACACAGCUGUGGAAAACCCGACACUGCAUGCGGAGUGCUGAUGGUUGACAGGGCGAAAGAGGGCGGUCAAAAAAACAGACGGGUUAAACAGCGUGCAUUGGUUAUGGUUUCAUAUCUAACUCCGAGGAGCUGGAAUACCUAAUUUGCUGUUCAUUCAGAGAGCUCCACAUCUACACCUCCAAGACAACCACGCAUGCCCCAGGGGACCUUUGCACAUCAGCACUUCAUGCCCGCCCUGGUGAUGCCAUGCCCCGCAACCACAGCGGAGAUGAAGGCGGCACGGGGCUCUGGAUGAAAACUUCUCCGGGCCACCGCGCCGAGGGCUAUGACUUGAAGGAUGUGGAGUCCGGCCGAAGGAUGAUGAACAACGCCAGUGCCGGGGACGGUUUGCUGUCGGCCUCCAGUGCUACAGGUGCCGGGGGUUCGGAAAGCCUGAGAGGAAACAAGGGAGCCCGGCUCAGCCUGCUGGGAAAGCCGCUCAUAUACAGCGCUCAGAGCGGCCGCAGAAACGUCCGUUACCGAAGGCUGCAGAAUUUACUGUACAACGUGCUGGAGAGACCACGAGCAUGGGCGUUCAUCUACCAUGCGUUUGUGUUCGUCCUGGUCUUUGGUUGCUUGGUCCUGUCUGUGUUCUCCACCAUUCCGGCUCACCAGGACUUCUCUUCCGACUGUCUGCUCAUCCUGGAGUUUGUGAUGAUCGUGGUGUUUGGGCUGGAGUACAUCAUCAGGAUCUGGUCAGCCGGCUGCUGCUGUCGCUACAGAGGAUGGCAGGGUCGCCUCCGUUUCGCCCGGAAGCCUUUCUGUGUCAUAGACAUCAUCGUACUGAUAGCCUCCGUAGCGGUGGUGUCGGCAGGAAGCCAGGGUAACAUCAUCGCAACGUCUGCCCUGCGUAGCCUCCGCUUCCUGCAGAUCCUGCGUAUGGUGCGCAUGGACCGGCGCGGCGGCACCUGGAAACUGCUGGGAUCAGUGGUGUACGCACACAGCAAGGAGCUGGUGACGGCCUGGUACAUUGGCUUCCUGGUCCUCAUCUUCUCCUCCUUUCUGGUCUACCUUGUGGAAAACAAGUUCAACAGCGAGUUUGCCACCUAUGCUGAUGCCUUAUGGUGGGGAACGAUCACCUUGACAACCAUUGGUUACGGGGACAAGACCCCGAAGACAUGGACCGGUCGUAUGCUCUCAGCUGGGUUUGCUCUACUAGGCAUCUCUUUCUUUGCCCUGCCAGCGGGUAUACUGGGCUCAGGCUUUGCCCUGAAGGUCCAGGAGCAGCACAGACAGAAGCACUUUGAGAAGAGGAGGAACCCAGCCGCUUGUCUCAUCCAGUGUGUUUGGCGUAGUUAUGCGGCUGACGAGAACUCGGUUUCCAUUGCUACCUGGAAGCCUCAUUUGAAGGCGUUGCAUACCUGCAGCCCUACAAAGAAGGACCAGGGUGAAUCGUCCACAAGCCAAAAGUUGAGUUUCAAAGACCGUGUCCGGAUGGCGAGCCCCAGGGGGCAGAGUAUUAAGAGCCGGCAGACGUCGGUGAGCGACCGGCGGUCCCCGGGGACUGAGGCUGGGGGUACGGAGGGCACGAGCCCUGCCAAGGUUCAGAAGAGCUGGAGCUUCAAUGACCGCACCCGCUUCAGACCCUCCCUCCGCCUCAAGAUCCAAUCACGCUCCACUGCCGAUGCUGACUCUAACAUGACCACUGAGGAUGGGUUCGGUGAUGACAAGGGGUGUCACUGUGAGAUCUCUGUGGAGGACCUGCUGCCUUCCGUCAAGUCUGUCAUCCGAGCCGUCAGGAUAAUGAAGUUCCACGUGGCCAAGAAGAAGUUUAAGGAGACGUUGCGUCCGUACGAUGUGAAGGACGUCAUAGAGCAGUACUCUGCUGGACAUCUGGACAUGCUGUGUCGCAUCAAGAGUCUGCAAACACGGCUGGACAUGAUAGUGGGGCCCCAGCCCCUGAGCAGCCGAGCCAAGGCCUUUUCCUCUCCCUCCCUGCCCAUGUAUUACAGCCAGGGCAGAAAGAACUCCACGCAGGGAGUGGACCAGAUCCUGGGUAAAGGCCAGAUUCCUCUGGAUAAGAAGAUCCGGGACAAGCUGCUGUCUGAUGGAGACCUGCUGGAGGAUAUGAGUAUGCUGGGACGUGUCUGCAAAGUGGAACGGCAGGUCCAGUCUAUUGAGUCGAAGCUCGACUCCCUGUUGGACAUUUACCGGCAUGUGUUACGUAAAGGCUCCUCCUCUGCCCUCACCCUCUCCUCCCUGCCCCUGUUCGAGCUGGAGCAGACCUCAGACUACCAGAGCUCUAUCCUCUUCAAGGACCACUCCACCUGCUCUACCCAGGUCAGCAGCACCGGAGGUGGGCCAGGGAUAGAGGGCCAAGGGGGGUGCGUGACCCGCUCCUCCACCAACACCUCAAACCUGUCCCGGGGACUUCACCUUAUCCUGGCGCCGUCCACCGAGCUCAGCCUCAACCUCAACACUGGCACCACCUCGCCUUCUACCAGUGGGCCCCCGCCCUCCUCGUUCAGUCCAUCGCCCCUUCCUCAACACCACCAACAUCAUCAUCAUCAUACCCUGCCGGAAAGUGGGGAACCAGUCCAUAGAGGAAGUUCUUCUCACUCACCUCCUAUUCUUACUCCUAAUUGUGUAUCUGGAGGUCGGGGGUUUCCUACUCUGGCCAGGCCCCCACCACCUCCUCCCCAGCCCAGCCGGACGGUGGGUCACUCCAGGCCGGAGAGGGUGAGGGAGAUGGUGAUGGAGGUGGGUGACUUCUGUGGAAGCCCGGAGGAGAGGGAGGAUGGUGAUGUGUUAGGUCCAGAACAAGGCCUCAGAAUCGGGAGGCUGGGGCAGCCAAGAGGGGGGUCCAGUGGGAACAGCAAUGGCCGGCCCUCCAAAGCAGAGGGCUCCUGGAGGAGACACACGAGCCUGGAGAUGGAGCCCCUGGUACCCCUCUCUUCUGCUCUGGGAGGAGGAGGCCGCUGCUCCUCUGGCUCCAACCCCAGCCAGGUGGACCAAAGCCUGGGCAAGUCCAUGUCCAUACAAAACCUGGGGCAGGGGGGGUCAACCACCUCCAGGGCCCUGGAUAGCCACCACCAUCCUAGCCUCAGCCUCUCCUCCCCCAGCCCCUGCAGCAGCGAUUCCCCCACAGGCUCCCACAGUAGUCAGGACCCUGGGGGAGGGGGCGACGGGGAUGGCUGGGGGGAGGAGGACCUCUUUAUCAGCGACAGGGACGUGGAUGCCCUCCCUCUCCCCCCCGAGGCUCAAAGUGGAGCUUUUGGCUUUGACUUCCUGUCCCAGGGGACAGCCAACGCACCCUCUUACUCAUCAGAGCUACUGAGGACAGACCCGGGGCUUGGGGCGGGGUUAAGUGCUCUGGCAGGGUUCAAUAGGAGCCUGCCGAGCGGGAACACGUCAUCGCCCCCCUCAGUCGGGAGCACAGAGUCCCUGAGCAUGCCGCACGUACGGCUAAAAUAAGACACACCCCCGUGUCGUAUGGACCAAUCAAAAAACCUCACCUUACAGAGAAGCUCUUUAUUCUAUUUUGGGAGGGGGGAGGGGGAACAGGGAGGGACUAUAAUGGUUAUUUCUGUUUAUUUUUUCUGUUGAUUCAUUUGAGAAAAAGCAUAGUAUUUUUCAUACAUGUCGACGAUACAUGAACAUAUCAUUGCAUGAAUUAUUCUUUUUUUAAAGUACGGUUGAAGAAAUGGAAACAAAGAAAAUAAAGAAGGUAUAAUAAAGAGAGAGAGAGAGGUGUAUAAAAAAGAGACUGAGUAAGAGGUUGUGUGUAUAUAUAUAUAAAGGAACAAGCAAAACUUGAUCCUGAAAGAUAAUGGAUUGAUCUGUGAUCUCGAAACUGCAUGAGCACUGCAUGUUUUCAGUCCAAAUGUCAUGGUAUUACAACUUACCCAUAAGUCUUACAUUCAUUAACACAGGAAGUUGUUGAUGCCUAUAGGCCUUAGGGCAAAACCCUUCUAGAAAACUUUUCCUUAAUUUUAAUACACAUAAUCAUGUACAGUAAAAGUUAAAGUGUGGGGCCUCCUAACUUACAAGACGGGGCAAGUUAAAUGCGGCAAGUUAAAUGCUUACAAGUUAAAUGGGGCAAGUUAAAUGCUUACAUGAACCCAAUAUCAUACUGUUAUCCAAAGCUUCUGAGGCAGCCAUCUUGAAAUGAAUGUUGCCUCAACAUGACCAAGUUUUUCACCCACAUCAGUUCCCUAUAAUAGUUUCUCAUUUGAGAGACUAUUGUGGACGUACAAUGGCACAAAACACCCCUCAUUGCAAUGACAGACAUGCCAAGUCCAGGUCAAUACUAGUUUGAGGUAAAUUCAAUUCUGCCAACCGGUCACACACACGCACACGCACACACACACGCACACACUCCGGUAGUUUACAUACUAUAUAACCAUUGUACACAAGCUGCUACACUUAGUCCCGGGAAAGGAAUAACUGCUAAAACAGGAGACGAAUAGCUGCUAAGACCAUAGAAAUAGAAAUACUAGAAUAUGGUCCACCCAGCAUGACACCUUUGAAUGGGGCUGUCCGUUCUAGUAGUUAUAUUUCAAUGCCUAAAACACAGUUCAAUUGCACACCCCGAGGUGUUUUCUACCCGACGACCAAGGUAUCCACAUUAUGAAUGUGAUUUCUUGUGAUACCUGUGUAUCUUCUCAUUCAUUUUUGUUACUUAUAACACAAGAGAGAAAAACACGAUGAAGGGAGAAAAUGUGCAAAAGUAUAUUAUGUUAUCUCAUUAUGUGACCCUGCAGUCUUACAGUACACGGUUUCAGUCGGAAUCACUCUCACCGGCUGUAGUUCUUUUAAUACAUAGUUUUGAAUGCUUAUUAAAUUGCUUAAACUGAAGUUGACAUGCUGUAGAAUGUAUAUAAUGUUAUGUUAAUAAUCUGUAAGUGAUAUUUUGCACUCCCUGGCAAGCAGUGUGAGUGACAUCCGUGCUAAUGCUAACAACAAUUAGCCCUUUUGACUUAAAGGGAUAUGUCACUCAAAUCACAAAAUUACAUUGUUUUUCUUACCCUUCAAGCAGUCUUUGGACAAGGAGACAGCAAUGACGGACAGCGAUUUCUUUACAUGGUACCAAAAUAAAAAUUUAAUUUUCUAAUUUGGGUGGACUAUCCCUUUAAAUGUUACAGAUUCAGGUACAACAAGGUCAUGUUCAAUAGGGCACAAUGUAGCAAAACAUUUUGAAACGGAAUGUAAAGAUGACUCGUUGGACAUGCUCAGCCUCAGGUAGUAGGCUACUUCAUCGGUUUUCAAAACGUUUUGUAACAUUUUGUGCCUACUGAACAGGAUCCUGGUAAGGAUUAUUGGAUGUUUCACCAAGUAGGUUGUUUCAAAGGAGAGAAACCCGUUCAAAAACAACAUGAAAUGCAGUAUGAACUUGUACGCUAAAUCAAAAGCUCCAGUAGACAUACAAUUGUAAACAGAAACAUUAGCAGAAACAUUAAUGGUCGAUUAAAUCCUCAUUGAAGGCUUUACCAGAAUAUGUGAAGUAUAUAAAACAUGCAGUACAUAACAUGGUGCCUUUCUUAGCGAUAUACUGUCCAUUUCAACGUUUAUUUGCACCCAACGUGUGGGUUGUUGGCCUUUUGUGCUGAAAUGGUCUCACAUACUUGAUUUUUUUCGUCCCUUGUAUAUAAAAAAAACAACUCUCUGAUUUGGCCAUUAUUUAUUCACAGACAGACCAAGUAUUACCAAAGGAAAACUGGCCUUUAGAAAUGUCAUCAUUGUGUCUCAUACGAUCAUUAUCCUAAUUUAUUUAAAUGACGUGCACAUACCUAUACGGUAGUAAUAAUGUCCGUUAGCUCCAUCAAACCUGUAAUGUCAUGAAAGAUAUUAAAGAAACUUCUAUUCUCCUACAUCAAUAAAAAAAAAGGAAAUUCAA